GCAUAUAUUUGAGGAGCAUGAUAACCCCGAUGUCCAAAUCAUUUUGCGGGCAGUAUUGAAGCAGACGCCAGCGUGAUCACAUACCGUCGUGGUGGAAAUUAAUUAAAAUGAAGAAGAUCGCUGUAAUUGGUGCUGGAGUGAAUGGACUGAGUUCUGCUGUGCAAGUGGCUGAACAUUUUUACAGCGAUGCGCAAGUUGUGCUAGUGUCUGAUGAUAUUUCACCAAAUACUACGGGAGAUGGCUCAGCCGGUCUCUGGGAGCCUUAUCUCGUGAGUCUCGAUGAGACUGUUCUGAAAUGGUCAGAAGACACCCAUAGAUUUUUUCACGACCUCUGGAAAAGUGGCCUCGCCCCGGAGGUAGGUGUGUGCCUGCAGCCAAUAAUUCGUGUUGUUAGCAAUGCGAAGAAUUACGACAUCCCCAAAUGGUCGAAGAUUCCCUUCGGCUGCACAUCCCUGUCUGAGGAUCAGCUGAGAAUUCUAAGUCAAGAUCACAAGAAGAACUACACGGGAGGCAUUCACUUUGUCUCCUUCACUUGUGAACCUACAAAAUUGCUGCCCUACCUCCUCAAGAGAUUCCUAAAUGCUGGUGGACGAAUGGAAAGGAAGCGUGUGGAAUCCAUUGAUGAACUUGCCAAGGAGGAGUAUGAUUUAAUAAUCAACUGCACGGGUUUGGGAUCGCAGAAGUUGGCCAAUGAUCCCAAAGUUCACCCAAUUCGUGGACAAGUGACAAGAGUACAUGCUCCAUGGCUCUAUGCAACCUACGUGAAUGAUUCCGAUGAUGGGAAUUACAUCAUCGUCAAUACGGAUACAACAGUUCUCGGUGGAACACGUCAAGUGAAUGAUUACAACACAAAAGUUUCAGAGGAAGAUGAUAAACACAUCCAGGAAGGAUGUGAAGCUGUUGAACCUUCCCUGAAGGAUGCUAAAGUUGUGAAAAAGUGGGUGGGUUUGAGACCAGCACGCGACAACAUUCGUCUCGAGAAGGUGGAGUUUGUGGCACAAGAUGGAACGAAAGUUCCUCUAAUUCACAACUACGGACAUGGUGGAAGUGGGGUCUGUCUCGCAUGGGGCUGCGGUAAGGCUGUCCUUCAGUUGGCACAGGAAAUUUUCCGAGAAGAGAUUAAAAGCAAAUUAUAGAUCUAAAAGAAUUUUUAUCAUUGAAGCGAGAAUUCCUUAAUUUUUUUUUAAUUCAUGCUAUCUGCCAUGUAUAAUUACUUAUAAUAUAAUAAAAUGCUGUUGAAAAAAAAA